AUGUCACAACCAUCAUCAUCCAAACCUACAAGGCAAGAUUAUAUAGCCAAAGUACGAUACACAAACAAUUUACCACCCCCACCAUUAAAUCCCAAAUUCAUUGCUUACAAUACGACCGAAACUACCUCUUCGAAAGUCGAAGGGGAACAGUUAAUGAGUAGUUUGUUCCGUAAGGAGAACUUCCAAAGUUUGUUAGCUCAAGUUGAUGAUUUUUAUGGGAUGGGAUUGAAUUUAAUCGACAAUUCCGGAUUCUUGGAUUUAGGCAAUGAUUCAGUUAUUAGUGGUAAGACGGGAAAUAUUCAAUUACAUCCCAAGGAUAGAGCUCUUUUACGAGAUGCUGGGAUUGGUAAGAUUUCUAAAUCAGAACCAGGGGUUAGUUUCCUUAGACGUACUGAGUAUAUGAGUGAGGCUAGACCAAGCAGUAAAGGUGGAGCCGUUGACGAGCUUCAAAAGAAGGAAACUACUAGAGUUAAGAAGAUUGCCGAGGAAGAAGAAAUGAUGGAUGCUGAUAGCCAGUUGAAGGCCGUUGAAGAUACUUUUGACAAGGCACAAGAGUCUUUGGUUAACUUUGAUAAGAUUCGUCAUCCAAAAAAGAAACAUUUACGUGCUGUGGAUGUAUGGCCAUUAUUACCGGAUACUUCUAUGAUGGAUAAUAAAUUCCUUAUGGUUAAGUUUACCGGAUCAGCUUCUAUUCACAGAGAAAUUGAAAUGUUGAAGCGUACACAAGGAAACAAGUUUAAUGAGAAGUUUGUUCGUGAUUCCCUUGAAUCAAGUAUUCUUAAACCAAUCACUUCUGAUGACGGUGAAUGGAUUUCUUUAUUCCAAGUUAAAGAUGAAAAGAAAGCUAGUGAAUUAAAUGAGAGAUUGAAAUCAACUGAACGAGAAAGACCUGUCAACUUGUUGGACGAAGAAGAAGAUGUUUUAGAAGAAUACAAGUUUAAAUAUGUCAAGAAUUAUGAUAUGAAGUUCCAAAGAAACAAGAGGGAAACUGAAGAAUUAGGAAUAAAGUUUAUCCCUGAAGAAGGUACCAAGAAGAGAAAAGUUGCUUAUUUCUAUCCAAUUGCUGGUAAAAUUGACUUAAAGAAACAUAGAGCUUCAACUAACAGUGAAAUUAAUAGAUUCUUGAGAGAUAGUACUUUGGAUGGUAUAAACUUCAAGUUGAGAGAACCAACUACUAAUGAACUAAAGAGAAUGGAUAAUAUCAGAAGUGAAUUUGAUCCUAUGGAAUAUGAAGGAGAAGAAGAGGAGGAAGAAGAAGAUGAAGAUGCCAAGUCAGAUGAAGAUUCUGAUAAAGAUGUUAGUGAUGAAUUCAAUGAAGCAGAAGAAGACUAA